CCGCCGCGUCUGCGGGAGCCGCCGCCGCCGCCCCGCCGGGCCGCGCCGGGCAGAGCAGCGGGGAGCACCGGGGAGCACCGGGGAGCGCGGCGGAGCCGCCGUCACCGGGCGCGGCGGGAGAAGCGCAGCAUCGGACCCCGGCGGAGCCGCCGGUACCGGCAGAGCCGCGCCCUGGGCCCCGGUAGCGGCUGCCCCGCCCGGCCCCGCGGGCGCGGGGCGCGGCCCGGCCCGGCCAUGCUCGGCUUGGAUGUGUGCGAGGUCGGCGGGCAGCUGCUGGAGCUGCUCUGGCUGGCGCUGUGCUACCGAGACAUCAUGGCUGACAAGGAGGGGGUGACGCUGUCACUGGAGGAGGAGGAGGAGGCCGACGUGGCCCUGGCGUACAAGACGCCGGAGAAGAAGAGCCUGCAGGAGAUCCAGGAGCUGGACCCGGGGGACGAGAGCCUGCAGAAGUACAAGCAGGCACUGCUGGGUGCCAUCCCCGCUGCCCUGGAUGCCAGGGUGCCCAACGUGCAGGUGACAAGGCUCACCCUGAUGUGCGAGCAGGCACCGGGACCGAUCACCAUGGACCUGACAGGAGACCUGGAAGUGCUGCGGGGCCAGGCCUUUGUGCUGAAGGAGGGGGUGGACUACAGGGUGAAGGUGUCCUUCAAGGUCAACAGGGAGAUCGUCUGCGGGCUGCGGUGCCUGCACCUCACCUACCGCCGGGGCCGGCCGGUGGACCGCGAUGUCUUCAUGGUGGGCAGCUACGCGCCGCGGGCCGAGGAGUACGAGGUGGUGACGCCGGCGGAGGAGGCCCCGCGGGGCUGGCUGGCGCGGGGCUCCUACCGCGUCCGCUCCCUCGUCACCGACGACGACAAGACGGAGCAUCUCUCCUGGGAGUGGGGCCUCUGCAUAAAGAAGGCCUGGGAGGACUGACACCCCCUCCCCGCAGCCUGGUCUCCCCCCCACGGCCAGCGCGGGGACGCGGUGCCCGCCGUCCUGGGGGACACCUCGCUGGCACCACCGCGUGAAGGGUUUUGGGGGGGGUGUCCCUUAGCGAGCGGAUGCCCACGGUCGUGGUCUUGGCAACCAAAGUUAUUUUUAAUUGCUGUUUUUUGUUUUUUUUUUUAAGUACCAAUGCCCGCCUGGUCCCUGCAGUGUCCCCGUCGCUGGGGCCGGUGCCAUGGCCCUGUGUGGUCGCAGGCUGUGCUCUCCCAUCGCCAUUAAACCCUACAGACUGGUCUCUUA